AUGGCAAACGAAGAAAAGAGUGCCCUCACAAAGCCAAAGAGCUACCAAUAUCCGCAUGAUGUAAUUUUGAAACAAAAUGUUGCUGUAUUGCUUGAAAUUAAAGAGGAACCAUCAGAUGAUACACCUACCAGUAUGGAAAAAUGCAUAAAUGAUGUUUGUAUCCAGUAUGAUUAUAAGGACAAUGACAGGGACAUAACAAACAGUGAUAAUGAGUAUUUCCCAGAUACCAACGAAGAAAAUUCUGAAGAUUCAGAUAAUGCUUCCGUAGAUUCUUCCAUAAAAGUGCCAACUCAUUAUGUUGAAACUGACCUCUGCAAUGGUGGGGUCAUUGGCAUAAAAGGCUGUGAAACAGUUAAAGAGGAAGAUAUUAUUAGAUAUGACUGUGAUAGGUGUAGUAAAAGUUUCCCUUCGAAAUUACGUUUAAGGAGCCAUUAUAGGGCCCAUGAUAUAGACAAAAGGUUCCAUUGUGAUUUCUGCUCCAAAACAUUUUCACUUAGAGCUGGGCUUGUUGCACAUACCCGCACACAUACAGGAGAAAAACCCUAUUCUUGUGAAUUUUGUAAUAAAUCAUUUGCUGAUUGUAGCACUCUUAAAACACACAGGCGAAUCCACACAGGGGAACGUCCUUACAGUUGUGAUAAGUGUGGGAAAGCCUUUAACAAUCAUGGCCAUCUUUUAAGACAUAAACGCAUUCACAGUGGGGAAAGACCCUUUGUGUGUAAAGAAUGUAAUAAAACAUUUGGGCAACAAUCAAGCCUGACAACACACCUUCGCAUCCACAGUGGCGCAAAGCCUUAUGUUUGUGAUUUGUGUGAUGCUGCAUUUUCUCACUCAAGUCAUGUGAACAGACACAAACGAAGCUUUCAUUCUGAGAAGUAA